CCCGCGCGCGUCGCCGCCCCGCGGACGGCCGGGCCUCGCCGCGGGCCUCGGGGAGUGGGGUGGAAGAUGUCUAUGGAUGUGACAUUUCUGGGGACAGGUGCAGCAUACCCAUCCCCGACCCGGGGUGCCUCCGCGCUGGUCCUGCGGUGUGAAGGCGAGUGCUGGCUCUUUGACUGUGGGGAGGGAACCCAGACACAGCUUAUGAAGAGCCAACUUAAAGCAGGGAGAAUUACCAAGAUCUUCAUCACGCAUCUUCAUGGAGACCAUUUCUUUGGCCUUCCUGGCCUCCUCUGCACAAUCAGCCUGCAGAGUGGGUCCAUGGUCACCAAACAGCCCAUCGAAAUCUAUGGCCCUGCGGGGCUUCGGGACUUUAUCUGCCGAACCAUGGACCUCUCUCACACGGAGCUGGUCUUCCCUUUCGUGGUCCAUGAGCUGGUGCCUACAGCAGAUCAGUGUCCUACGGAAGAACUGAAAGAAUCUGUGCAGGUGAAUAAAACAGACAGCCCUCCCCAAGAGGGAGAAGGACGAACCAUCAUGUUAGACUCAGAAGAAAGCUCGUACCUCCUGGUUGAUGACGAACAGUUUGUUGUGAAAGCGUUUCGCCUCUUUCAUCGAAUACCCUCCUUUGGAUUUUCCGUCGUGGAGAAGAAACGCCCAGGUAAACUCAACGCACAGAAACUGAAGGACCUGGGUGUUCCACCAGGUCCUGCCUAUGGGAAGCUGAAAAACGGAAUUUCUGUUGUUCUGGAAAAUGGAGUUACAAUUUCUCCCCAAGAUGUCUUAAAGAAGCCUAUUGUUGGAAGAAAAAUCUGUAUUUUGGGUGACUGUUCUGGGGUUGUGGAUGACGGAGGAGUAAAGCUGUGCUUUGAAGCAGACCUGUUGAUCCACGAAGCGACCCUGGAUGACACCCAGAUGGACAAAGCGAAGGAGCACGGCCACAGCACGCCACGGAUGGCGGCGACGUUUGCAAAGCUGUGCCGAGCAAAGAGGCUGGUUCUGACUCACUUCAGUCAGAGGUAUAAACCAGUUGCCUUGGCCAGAGAAGGAGAAGCAGAUGGGAUUGUAGAACUUAAAAAGCAAGCUGAAUCAGUGUUAGACCUCCAAGAAGUGACUCUCGCAGAAGAUUUCAUGGUGAUCAGCAUUCCGAUCAAGAAGUGAAGCCAGUAUUCCUGAAUGCAUUCUGAUGUGUCUGUAAAUAUGUUAUUGAACCAACAGUCACAUUUGGUUUCUUUUUGUUGUGGUGGUGGUGGUGGUCAUCGUCGUUUUGGUCUAAAAUUAUUUGAGUCCUCAUAAUCCUGGAAAGGAUGGAGUUGCAUUGCUGAACUAACUCAGCAUUGAGAGGGAGCAAG